CGCGGUGCGGCAGAUAUAUUCAAUUGAGAUAGUUGCGUUCUGUUGCGCGUCGCGUCUUCACGUUAAUAUACACGUAUUAUUAUUCAUAAUUUUUGUGUUGAACAUGUGUAAUAUAUGAAUUAUAUUAUUAAUUAUCCUCGAUUAACGAUUUAACGAAAAGUUAGUUUAAAUUUAUUUUAAAGUAUUUCUAGGAGAGAGCAGGAUUAUCCUAUCGUCGCGGAUAAAAUUAACUGCGUCAACAUGAACAGCAAGAGUGCAUUACUAGUGCAACGAUGGAUGCUCCAACCGCGCGUGUUACUCAUUCUCAUUUUGCUGCAAUUUAUCAUUCAGUUUUUCACAUCAAUCUAUCUAUACAAGUAUGUCACGAACGUGGAGAGCGAUCUUCGCUUGGUAAAAAGUCAGUAUCCACUGGAGACCGUGGCACUUCCGCGCCGAAGACGCAGCAGUGCAUUACCAAUCGGUGAAGACAAUGCCGUUUCUGACAUAACAAGUAGAAUUCGAGAGGAUAAGGAAAUACAAGGUACAAAGAAAGUAACAGCCUCCCCCAUUAUGGUCUCUGGCUCUGCGUCUUCGCCAACGGCGGCCGGAGGUCAAGACCCAAGCUGGGUCUGGUUGAACGCCGACACACGAAUACAAUUCGAUGCGAUCGAAAAUUUUUGCCGUUCAUCCGCAAAGUAUUGUCCACCGGGCCUCCCUGGUGCUCCUGGAAACCCAGGUCCACCCGGCGAGCCAGGUUUGCCAGGUAUCCAGGGAUUGGUGGGACCGAAAGGACCUCCUGGACAACCAGGUCAUCCUGGCAUCAGAGGACCCAAAGGCGACAUCGGUCCACCGGGAUUCGAUGGAAGAGACGGUGUGCCAGGUGAGCCCGGUUUGGAUGGCAUUCCCGGUAGAAGUGGCAUGGAUGGCACACCUGGCACCAAUGGUAAGCCGGGUAUGAACGGAUCGCCCGGAUCGCCUGGAAGAAAUGGAACAGAUGGAAGACCCGGUCAAAUGGGGCCUCAAGGACCACCGGGACCUCGCGGAGACGUAGGUCCGGUUGGUCGUCCCGGAAUUCCGGGAAAAGACGGCACGCCAGGUAUACAGGCUUACAAAGUGAACAUCAAUGACCACCAUGGUAUACAAGAGAGUAUAUUGAUACCACCAUCCAUCGUAGAGAUUGUACCGUCAUUAAACGCGAGCGAUGUAAUUUCCGUGCAAGAAGGUAACAAUAUACGACUGAGAUGCGCCGCUAGUGGGAAACCGCAACCCGUUAUACAGUGGACCAAAAUAGACGGUUCCACGAUACCCAUGGGAACUUGGCACGUGAGUUCGAUUAUGGGUCAUACUUUUAAUAUCAGCGUGAUAACCCGGGAACAUAUGGGCGAUUAUGUGUGUAACGCUAACAACGGAAUAUCACCCGCAAGUUCCAAAAAGUUUAGACUUCAAGUCAGAUUUCCGCCGUUUAUUCGUAUACGUAACAAAGUGGUUAUCGUACGAAAUCAAAAUCCGGCAAUGCUGGAAUGCGAAGUGGAAGCCUUCCCCGAGCCGGUGGUACACUGGGAACGCGGCGAUGGUCGCCGUUUGAAAAUGUCGGAUAAAUACAGAACGGAGGUUUAUGACAGACGAGAUAAUUACAAGUUGAAGAUGAAGCUAAGAAUCACGAGAGUGACGUCGUCGGAUCAUGGAACUUACUAUUGUGUGGCGAAAAAUGAGCUUGACAUUACCAAAGGAACCUUUAUAGUAAACGAUGACCUUAAAAGUGCAGAGAAACUGAAGUUAGGAAAUGACCAGCACGUUACGUAUGGUCAUCCUAUGCCUCCGAGCGUCGAUCAGGAACAAGAAUUAUGCAGUCCACAAGAAACCUGCACGACAUGCCCAAAGUGCACGUACGCGGGCAUACUGGAUGCACACGUGCACGUUUACCCAUUGCGUGGUAUUAACACUACGCGGAUACCCCAGCUGUUAGCCGAAGGUAUGAUAGAAGCCGUGGGAAAGCCUGUGCUAAAAGGAAGCAUGGACGACUAUUAUGGAAGUUGGAUGCACGACGCGUUCUCCCGACAUCCUCAUGACGUCAUGUCUGAUAAACUCUUUGUAACACGCAAUAACACUCGUGACAUGUCCUACAUCUACGAGUUCAAAUCGAAGGAACAUUUCAAAAAUGAUACGGGUCUUCCGAUAAAAUUGCCCUAUGCUUUUCAGGGUAACGGACAUGUAGUUUACAACAAAUCAUUCUUUUACAAUCCCCAAAAUCGAGCGACGGUCUUUCGAUUUGAUCUCUACUCGGAAUCCGAUUGCAAUCGACAUUUCGUCAAUUGCGAAAUAGAGUUGCCGGGUUUGCAGGUCAAUACUAAGAACUACCUCUAUACGCACAAUUUCACUUAUGUGGAUUUCAAUGUAGACGAAAACGGUUUAUGGGUUAUUUAUGGAUUAGCGUCCAACAAUACAGUAGUGGUGAAAAUUGACCCUGUGAAGAUGAUGAUUCAGUACGCAUGGAACAUCAGUAUCGAUCAUCAUAGAUUCGGAGAGAUGUUUAUCGCGGGAGGAGUGCUUUAUGCUAUACACAGUGUCACCGAAGAAACUAUGAAGAUACGAUUCGCCUUCGAUUUGUCUCGAAACACGAUACGGGAUGUAUCAUUGUCGUUUACGAAUCCGUAUCACAAGACCACAGCAGUUAGCUACAAUCAUAAGACCAAGGAGCUCUAUACGUGGAACAAGGGCAAUCAAUUAGCUUACCCUGUGAAAUAUCGCGACGAAUUGGUCGGAGGCAAUUGAGAGACAAUUUUCUUCGAUAUAUGUGCAUUGUUAAUCACCGUUAAUUAAGGAAUUUUAACAUAUAACAUCUUUUCAUCUUCGAUUUUCUUUAGAGCGUUCUAUUUAUCUUGUAUACAUGCCGAAAAUAAUAAUAAACAAGAUCAAUCAAUAUGCAUAAUUAUUGUUUCUUUAGUUAAUCGCAUAAGUAAAUGUCUAACGAGGGAU